AGCCAAUCUGAUUCAAGAAGAGGCAUAAUCAGUUUUCGUCAGCGAGCCUUCUGUCCACAUAAUGGUUUGGCCAAUCCUGCCACUUGUGAUUGAAGGAUGGAUCUGGCCAUCUCUUGGUUCAUCUGUCGUUAUUGGUUGUGCACGGAGGUCCUUCCUGAGUGGGUUGGGCUUCUUCCUGUCGACAGGUCUGGUCUGCAGUUUGCGGCAAGCAAUUCGUGGUCCAGCCACAAAGCCAGCUGGAACUUGUAGCCGGGAGGAGUUUAAGAGUCGAGUAGCCCAGACGGAAAAGGAGGCCAGGAAGCCUGGGCCUCUCCGCAUGUUCAAAGCAACUGCUUCGAAUACAUUUCGGCCGCAGCAGAUUUCGCAACGCGAACAGAGUUCAGCUCGUCUAGACUUGAGCAAGUUCAAUCACGUUUUAGAAGUGAAUGUUCAGGAACUUUGGUGUGACAUCGAAGCUUCAGCAACGUUUGAAACGUUUGUAGACGGAACUCUUUCCCAUGGCGUUGCACCACUGGUAGUACCUGAAUUGCGUACAAUCACCGUUGGUGGAGCAAUAGUUGGUAUCGGCAUUGAAUCAUCAUCGUUCAAGCAUGGUUUCUUCCAUGAUGGCUUAAUUGAAGCAGACAUCUUGUUGGCCUCUGGGAACGUUGUCACGGUGUCACCAGACAACGAGCAUGCUGAAUUGUUCAAAGCAAUACCGAACUCUCUGGGGUCAUUUGGUUAUCUUCUACGAUUGCGUAUGAGAGUGCAGCUUUCAAAGCCAUUAGUGAGAAUCCAAAAGAAAUUCUACGGAAGCCCAGACGACUUCAUAAAUGGCCUGGCGAAGGAAAGCAAGGUAGCUGAUAAUGACUACGUCGAUGGCGUCGCAUUCAGUGAAAAAGGUGGUAUGGUCAUAACAGGAAGAUUUGUGGCGACAGUUCCGGACGGAUCUCAGGUCCAGAAUUACGGACUUUGGCCUCAAUUCUAUCCAACCUUGCUGCAUGAGGGUGCCGAAUACUUGAGCACUCUGGACUAUCUAUGGCGAUGGGAUGCAGAUUGGUUCUGGGUGACCCAGAUUUUUCCUGGAUUGGGCUGGCGCUUUGUCCGCUAUCUAUGCGGCUCGACGAUGUUGCGAUCAGACGUGUACAAGAUCUUCAAUGACUUUAUGAUUAGCACGAUCAUUGGCCCGUUGAAGUUGAACAAGAACGAAGAGCUGAUCAUCCAGGACAUCGAUAUUCCAGUCGAAACUUCUGCCAAAUGGAUACGCGAAUUCUUGCGAGUUGUUCCUUCAGUUAGGAUCGGCAAAAUUAAGCUUACGCUUCCGGGUGACAAAACACCUUCCGUUCCUAUUUGGGUUUGCCCUGUCAAAGGAACCGCAGCGCCACUCAUGCCUCAAGACACCAACAAGCUCUACAUGAACUUUGGCUUCUGGGAUGCAUUAGAAGGCCCAGAGACAAAAGGCGGCAUGUCAAAAGGCACAAUCAAUCGUGCUCUGGAGAACUUGUGCACAGAUCUCGGAGGCCGCAAGACACUGUAUUCGUCGUGCUUCUUCUCGAAGGAGGAAUUCUACCGUCUCUAUAACGGCAAAUUCUAUGAGCGUGUCAAACAGAAAUAUGACCCUGAUACUCGCUGCAGAGGCUGGUAUGAUCGCCUGACAAAAGCUUAAAUAUCUGUUGGUGAGUGCUAGGCAUGUGCGGCUUUAGGUGUGUGGCGGCUCGAGAUAUAGGAGUGUGGCGCCAUUCGCGUUUUGAAGCCUGCUCUUGUGGCUUGCUGUCCGCUGAAUCUUCUCCCUCCAAAAACACUAAGUAUGUGCAAAUUCACCCUGACAACUUUGAGGAGGUCGCUGCGUUGUUUUGCGACUUCUAUUUUUUGGGAGUAUGACUGG